AUGUGGAUAGAAAAGGAUAUGGGGGAAAGAUGCACGAGGGGGGGAGCGCUCAGUCAACAAGUGAACGACGGCAUUGAAACGUUAAAGCGGAAUAACAAUUUACUGUUUAACGGCAUUGGCGGAAAUCUUCUUUCUGAGGCGAAAAAGAGUCGCUACGAUGAGCGACAGCGGAAGCUGAGUCGCUCCACCGUUUUGACCGCUUCGACGAAAUCGGGUGGAUCAGCGGUGUUGACUCCGUCCACCAGGUGUUGGGCGGUUGGGAAGAGGAAUAAGCAGUCUCUGGGUAAGUCCAAAGGAGGAAAAGUCCACCCGUACAGAAAAGGCGAAAAGGGGAAAGAAUUACCCAGAGGAAGUGACAUCUCCCGGGGAGAUAAUCGGAUAGACAAAACAGACGGCGUUACAGGCCUGACUGACGAUGGAGGAAACGCAAGAAAUAAAAAUUGGAGCAAACUGAGUAGCACCCAUUUGGUGAAGGAACCACAAGUGACUUCCUCACAGAAGAGAUUCAACCAACCGAUGGAUAAAUUCCCCAUAAGUGGGUCAGAAUGGAAAAGUAGAAAUGUUUACGAUUUUGAAGGGACUCAAUAUAAAAACACGCAGUACUUAAACAACAGCGCUAUCUACAAUGAUAGCAUCGUGAACAAUGAAACGGUGGUAUGUCAGGAAUGGCCGGAGAUGAGCAACCCAGGGGACUCCGCGGCUACGUCGACCACGGAUAGGAUAACCCACGAGGAGUGCCACCUGAACAACACAGACGCGCGACAACUGAACAACCGCGAAGAGGGGAUUGAUGAUCCCAUGCUAAUGGCCCCCCUCUCAAAGAAGCAAAACCACCGAACGAGCAUACAAGACGUUAUCCAAAAGGACAUUCCCAUGUUGAUAAAAAAUACAGUAAACAACCAUCUGGUCGAAAACAUAAACUACCAAGUGCAAAAAGCAAUAAAAAAAAAAUUAUCCAACUUCCUUGAUCAUAACGGAACCGACAUGUCAGAAAAAGAGGCACAAAAAAUUAAUACAAAGGAUGUGGAAGAUAAACUAAGUGAUCUAGUCAACGCCGAAAUGAAAAAAAAUGCAAACCAUAUUUACGACACGGUAAGGAAGCGCAUUCAGCAAGAUGUGAAUGAAGAAAUAGAGAGGAACACACACCUUAUGAAUAAGCAGAUAGAACAAAACGUAAGCGAGCAGAUUGAAACAAAUCUUGAAAAAGUAUACAACCAGGUUGAUCUAAAGGUAGGGAAAAAAGUAAGUAACGAGCUAGCCAAAAAUAUGAAUAGUGUACAGAGUAAUCUUCUCCAAAAUGUAAACAGCGAACUGAAGAGGAAGGUAGAAUUCAUUGGAGCAAAUGUAGAGGGUCAAGUAAGGGUACUCAUUUCAAGUGAGCUCAAAAGAAGCCUAGACUUCUUACACGAUCGAAUUAACGAAAAUAUGAAUAAAGGAUUAAAAAAAUGUCUCUCAAUUUUAAGCAGAAAUUUUGAUGAAAACUUGCAUGAACAGAUGGACAGGUGUGUCCAGAUUUUUCUAAAGCAUGUUUGUGAAUGUCUAAGUGAGGAAAUUAAAAAUAAGGUUAACGUGAUGGAGAAAAAUAUGAUCAUGAAUUGGGAUGAUCACGUUUUGGAGAAGGUAACAAGUAGAACGCAGGAGGUGAUAAACCGAGUUCAGGAGAGCAUGAUCAUAAUGGAUAACACGACGAACCGGACGGAGGAAGCCAUUGUCCUAACUAAACACAUCGCGGAAGGAAUCUCGUCCGAGGUGAGAAGCUACUUGGAUCAGCUAGGUACAUUCGUGAAGGAAGGAAUUUCUGGGGAUCUGAAAAGUGGCUUACAAAGUCUCGGUAAGGAGAACGAAGUGGCCUCUGCAAAGAUGACCGAAGUAAUAUGCGCCAAGGUGGAGACUCUGACAAGCUCCGAAUUGGAACGGCAAAUGGGUGCGCUGCUCAGUGGUUUGCGCGAAGAAGUGAGAGACAACAUGGACAGGAUGGAGGUAACUCUGAGGGGGGACUUGAAGGGAGACCUGAAGGGAAGUCUCGAGGGAAUCCUCAAGAGAAGCGUAGAAACCACUUUGAAGGGGAGUGUAGAAGGGAGCCUAAAGAGAAGCAUAGAGAGCACUUUGAAGGGAACCCUUGAGGAAACCAUAAACAGAAAUCUUGGAGAAACUUUGAAAAGAAAACUGGAAACUUCCAUAAAAGGAAGCGUCGAGGCGAUCCUGCGGGAAGAACUGAGCAAAAGCGCACUGAUGCUGAACACCGAUGUGUGUGGAGAAGAAGCCAAGAAGAGCGACGAGAAAUUAGAGACAGUUCUGAAAAACUCUAACAAGAAUUUCGACGCCCUGAUCAAAGCGCAGAAAUCCCUGUCGACCAACCUGAGCAAAGAGAUAAGAGUUGUAAAGGAUGUAAAGACCAACAUGGUUGAUGUGAAAAAAUUUUUUAAAACGUGCUUAACUUGUCUGCAAGAGAAAUUGUCUGACGCGAUGGAGAAGAACAACAAUGCAGUGAUAAACACGAGUGAGUCUAUCCUUAGCAGGUUGGACAUUUCGUUUUCUGGCAUGGAUAAAAUCCUCAGUUCACUUUGUGAAAAGGUGAUUCAGCGGGUUGGAGAGGCCAACGAAAAGUAUGCUCAUCGUAUUGCAGAAGAGGUUGGUACAGUGGCGAGUAAUCACCACAGUUUUAUGAAAAACCAGAGCAUCACAACGGAGGAGCGCCUCGAAAGGCUAACCCAAGAUAUUCUCCAUCUGAGCGAAGCAAUCGCGCAAAAGACACACGAGAGGUUGAGAAUCAACAAUGAGGAUGUUCUAAGUACCUUUAUCAACACUGUACAAACGGAGAAGGCUCACAUGAUUACACACGCAGAAGAAAUUAUGGCAUGUUUGAAGAAGAGUGUAGGAGAACAGUCCAAAAACAUGCUACACAAUUUGAGGGGGUUGCUUAAUGAGAAGGACGAUCACAUGAUGGAAGGAUUAAAUCGGAUCAGGGGCGAGUUUGAUGUUAAACUUGGAGAGCAAGCUAAACAUUUUUUAAAUCACCUCGACCGGAAGAUAGACGAUGUUGUUGGAGGGAGAGUACAGUGUGAGAGGAGUACAGAUAGGCAUAAGCACUCCCACCAGGUGAAGGGAAUAACCUUGGGGAUGAAACAGGUUAAACCACUUCGUGUCGACAACCAGAAGAGGUACUUAAUUGGUAGCGACAUGAUGGCAAAACCUUUGGGUAGCACAUAUUCAGGAAAGCACAGGAAAACCAAGUGUCGAAUGGUGUGGACACAAUGCCAUGGAACACACGGAGAGAUGAACCAACCUAACAAACUCAUAGGAAAGAAUGUAAAUGGGAGGAAAUCGAAUCAGGCACAUAACGACAGAGAGAUGACGAGAAAGAGGAAGCCAAUUUACGUUGUCAAUUACUUAAGGAGCAAAAACAACGACCUCAUCGAGGUCGCUCAGCAUCUACAUGAAAAGACGAAGAAGAUAAGAACUCUGUGA